AUGGCCGCCCAAAUUAGCAAUGGCACCCCCAACGGUAGCAAUUCCGGCUACACCCUCCGCGACCUCCCCAAAUCCAACGUCUUCACCACCAACCUUCCCCCCGACCCCGCCUUCCCGACCCCCGAAAAGUCCCACGCGGCACCACGCAACGCGCUGGGCCCGCGCCUGGUAAAGAACGCGCUUUACACCUUCGUCCGGCCCGAGCCGACCAAAGACCCCGAGCUCCUGGCCGUCAGCCCCGCCGCGGUGCGCGACCUGCACCUCAAGCCGGAUAUUGAGAACGAUCCUGACUUUCUCGCCACCGUGUCCGGGAACAAGAUCAUCAGCUGGGACCUCGAGAGCGACGAGGGGAUUUAUCCGUGGGCGCAAUGUUACGGCGGGUACCAGUUUGGACAAUGGGCGGGCCAGCUCGGCGACGGGAGGGCCAUCUCGCUGUUCGAGACGACGCCGGAUCCGAAGACGGGGGUGAGGUAUGAGCUCCAGCUUAAGGGCGCGGGAAAGACGCCGUACUCGCGCUUUGCGGACGGGAAGGCUGUGCUGAGGAGCUCGAUCCGCGAGUUUGUGGUGAGCGAGCAUCUCAAUGCGCUGGGUAUACCGUCUACGCGGGCGCUGUCACUGGUGCUGGCGCCCAAGGCGAGGGUGAUGCGCGAGCGCAUCGAGCCGGGGGCUAUUGUGUGCCGCUUCGCGCAGAGCUGGAUCAGACUCGGGACGUUUGACCUGCCGCGGUCGAGGGGCGACCGUAAGACGCUGCGGCAUCUGAGCACCUAUGUCGCCGAGCACGUGUUUCAGGGGUGGGAGAGCCUGCCCGGCGCGUUUGAUGCGGAGAGCCCGCUUGAAGUCUCGCGCGGCAUCCCCAAGGACGAGAUCAUUGGCGAGGGCAAGGACGCCCAGAAUAGAUUCAGCCGCCUCUACCGCGAAGUCUGCCGGCGCAACGCCAAAACUGUUGCUGCGUGGCAGGCAUAUGGUUUCAUGAAUGGCGUGCUGAAUACUGACAACACCUCGAUCUUCGGGCUGAGCAUCGACUUCGGCCCGUUCGCGUUCAUGGACGCGUUUGACCCGACGUACACGCCUAAUCACGAUGAUCACAUGCUGCGGUACAGCUACCGCAACCAGCCGACCAUCAUAUGGUGGAAUCUCGUACGGCUGGGUGAGGCGCUUGGUGAGCUCAUCGGUGCAGGCGCGAAGUGCGAUGAUGAGACGUUCGUGCAUGAGGGUGUCCAGAAAGACUACGUUGAUGAGUUGGUGGCAAGGGCGGAGAACCUCAUCGAGAAGGCUGGAGAGGAAUUCAAGACUGUAUUCAUGGCGGAAUACAAGCGGCUGAUGACGAAGAGGUUCGGGCUCAGGGAGUUCAAGGAGAGCGAUUUCGAUGCGCUGUACUCGGAGUGGCUAGACACGCUGCAGGCGCAUGAGUUGGACUUCAACCAUUCGUUCAGGAGGUUGGGAAGCGUCAAGCUCGAGGAGAUAGACACCGACGAGAAGAGGAAAGAAGUUGCUGGUCGGUUCUUCCAUCAGCUCGGGGUCGAGGGAGGCGAAGAUAAGGCGAGAGAGCGGAUCGCGAAGUGGCUUGAGAAAUGGCGUGCGAGAGCGCUCGAAGACUGGGGUGAGGGCAACGAUGAAGAAAGGGCGGAAGCGAUGAGAAAGGUUAAUCCGAACUUCGUGGCGCGCUCAUGGAUCCUGGACGAGUUGAUCCAGCGUGUGGAACACAAGGGCGAGCGCGAUAUCUUGAAGGACAUCAUGAAGAUGGCCUUGAAUCCUUUUGAAGAAGAGUGGGGAUGGAACAAGGACGAGGAGGAACGGUUCUGCGGCGACGUGCCAAAAAGCUGUGGCCUGAUGCAGUGCAGCUGUAGCUCGUAA